UUCAAACCCUUCAAAAAAGUCAAGAAAUGAUGAUAUACUUUUUGAUGGCCAUGUGACACAUACAACCCCUGAAUGUUAUGAAGAACCAAGAGCCUUUCGUGCCCCAAGGCCAAAAAGAUAUGUUUUCCGCCUUGUUCCAGCAGAACCACAUCAGUGUGUUACCACACAUACUGGUCAAAAGUUAUUUAUCAGACUUAAAACAGAAGAAUCACUAAAACAAACAGAUAUUGAUUUGAAUUCCAAAAGUGUUGGCAAUCUAUUAAAGGUUUCAGUAGCAAAUCUAAAGCUGCAAAUGUACAAUGAAACAAGGUCUAAAUCGAGUGUGGUGUCGGACGAGGUCUUCGAGCGUCGCCUACGUGAACUGGAAAAACCAGAAUAUAACAUAAAAGGAGCGACAGAUGAUGAUAUGGAGAACGAUUCAAAGAAUAAGUCCAAAUCUACCGACUCAUGGAUGGACCUAUACCGACCGAAAAAUUACCUCGAUUUACUGAGUGAAGAAAAUGUCAACCGAACGCUCUUACAUUGGUUAAAGCUUUGGGAUAAGGCGGUCUUCAAUAGAGAAGUUAAAAUUAAAGUACCCAAAAUUGAUGAAAACAUCAAGCCCAAAUGGGCUCAGGGUCAGAAAAAUACCGGUCCUCAAGGUCGCUUUGACAAGAAAUUCGAACAUAAGAAAAAAUUCUUUAAUAAAAAUACUGAUGGUGAGCUGAAAGAAGAGCUGGAUUCAUCUGGGCGACCGAUACAGAAAAUCGUGCUAAUAAGUGGACCACCUGGCUUGGGCAAAACAACUUUGGCUCACGUCGUCGCAAAGCAUUCAGGUUAUUAUCCUGUGGAAAUGAAUGCCAGCGAUGACAGGAAUGUAGAAGCGUUUAAACUUCAAAUAGAAGCCGCUACCCAAAUGCGUUCGGUCAUGGGAGCAAAUCCUCUUCCCAAUUGCUUGAUCAUCGACGAAAUUGACGGCGCACCUGCUGCGUCUAUCAACUUCCUUGUGAACACUCUUACGCAAGACAGCGGCCAAAACAAAGAAAAUAGCCAAGCCACAAAGAAAAAAAAGAAGAAGGGUAUAAAUAUCGUGUCUAGGCCUGUAAUUUGCAUCUGCAAUGACUUGUACACUCCAUCGUUGAGGCCUUUGAGGCAGGCGGCUCUGGUUCUUCAGUUUCCUCCGACGAAUCCAAACAGGUUGGCUCAGAGGCUGUUGAGCAUUUCAAAGGAACAUGAUAUCCAGGUAGACAUGACGACCAUGCUUGCGCUGUGCGAGAAAGCCGACUACGAUAUCCGAUCGUGUCUAGCAACUCUGUACUUUCUCAAGUCUCGUCGGCGCCCAUUACGUUAUAGUGAUGUCAUGAAUCUCAACAUCGGACAUAAAGACAACCAUAAAAGCCUGUUUCAAGUUUGGCAAGAGAUAUUUCACAUUCCAAGACAAAAGAGGAGUCAGUACAUGGUUGAAAAUGAACGUGAGGGUAUGUUACCUUUGGCGCCAGAUGUAGAUAGACCUUUAGCUCCCAACGCCGGCAACAAUGCUUCCAUGCCAGCCAGGUUUGCCAAUAUUUUGCAUGCUGUUCAUUCCUGCGGAGAGUACGAUCGCUUGAUGCAAGGUGUAUUCGAAAACUACCCAAACAUCAAAUUCAAAGAUAGCUAUCUAAACGCGGUAUGCAUUGGAUUGGAUUGGAUGUGCUUCUUCGAUCACGUCAACCAUUUCAUCCAACUAAACCAAAACUAUUGCGUGUUUGGUUACUUGCCCUACGCUUUCAUCGCAUUGCACUUUCAAAUGGCAGCAGUUCUCUCGCAGAAAAUUCAAUAUCCAACAGCUCAAACAGAGCUGAGGGCCAAGCAAGGAAAGAAUGAGAAUAUUGUGUCUGCAAUGCUGCAAGACUUGAAACCAACCGUUAGAAUAACCAACAACAAAGAUAUAAUUAUCCAAGACAUCAUCCCAUUUUCCUUGCCGAUCAUUACUCCCAGCCUGAGACCGGUGAGCGCCCAGUUGUACUCCGCCGAAGAGAAGGAACAAAUUCUUCGGGUCAUUGGCGUCAUGAUUUCGUACAAUCUGACUUUCCGCCAAGAAAAGACAAUCGACGGAGUGUACCGCUACUGCCUCGAACCAGAUGUGGAGCAAGUGGCUUAUUUCGAAGUCGAUAAUGUCCAGCGAAAAAGCUUGACGUACAGCGUCAAGCAAAUGCUGGCUAGGGAGAUCGAGCUGGAGAAACUUCGUCAGUACGAAUGCAAUUUGGGUCCUAUGAUUACGCCAAAGGCUACGAUAGAGGAAAUCGAAGAAGAACCCAAAGUCAUCAAACCCCCGCCCAACGCGGCCAUGACAUUAGCUCUGAAGCCCAAGCCCAUUGUCGAGUCCUGCAAACCGGCUACGGAUUUCUUCGGAAGGCCGUUGAAAACUCCGCCCAAAAAGAAAAAUGCUGACGGUUCCUCGGUCCAAAUUGCGCAAAAUGACGUCUGGUAUCACUUCAAAGAGGGCUACAGCAACGCUGUCCGUCGCAGUGUCAAAAUGGCGGAUUUCAUUUGAAUUGAUAUACAGAAAGUGGAAAGAUGAUUGAAAUAAAACGGGAAAAGUCAAUUGAAUCCUACAACACCGUGUAUUGACGAGAACAGAAAUUUGAGAGAGAGAAAAUUCUGAACUAAACACAGAUUACAAGAUGUUUUUUAAUUUUGGGGGAAUGUUUUAAUUUUGAUGGAGCAGGAGGAUGAAGGAGGGGCCAAUUACGGAUUAUGUUCUGCUGCUGCUGGGUAGUAGAGUGACUAGGAAUUAACGAACAACAUUUGAUGGAAGAAUCAAAGCAACUGGGAAAAGCAAAAUUAUGAAUAGAUUUUUGUUUAAAUGUAUCGAAUAUCGAAUGAAUUUUUAUUUUUUCGCCGAGAGGA